UCAUUGGUCAUUUUUGUACUAAAAAUAAACAAAGCCAAUAUUUUUACUUUACUAUUUCCAAAAAAUGCAGAAUGUAACACGUAACUGAGUCUGAUCAAAGAGUAUAUUUUUGUAGAAAUGAAUUACGUGAAUCAAAAUGCAAGUGGGUCAUUGGCAAAAAAUCUGCGAUUUGGGAUCGGGCGCCUUCGGCGUGGUAUCAAUGUGGAAAAAUGACGAAAACGGCGAUCAAAUCGCAAUAAAGAUGUGCAAAUUCUCCACGAACCAGAAUUUAACCGAAAAACAAAGAAUGAGAUGGCACAGCGAAGUGGAAAUGAUGAAAAUCAUCAAUCACCUGAACGUGAUCAAACACAAGCGUAUACCGGAGGAUCUCGAAGGGUUCUUAUUAAAAAACAACCCCACAGGUUUACCUAUUCUUUCUAUGGAGUACUGUCGUAAAGGGAACUUAAGGCACGUCCUGUUGAAGCCUCAAAACUUAUCUGGUCUGGAAGAUGAAGACGUACGAUUUGUUUUAGGAGACAUUUCCAGCGGUCUUCAGCACCUUCACAACCUCAAAAUAACCCACAGAGAUUUAAAACCCGACAACAUUGUUUUACAAUAUUGCUCCGAUAGAAAAAACGAAACUGUUUACAAGAUAAUCGAUCUUGGUUAUGCAAAAGAACUAGGAGAUUCCAUCGUGAGUUUUGUUGGUACUUUGCAUUAUUUAGCUCCGGAAAUAUUUGAAACACAAAAUUACAAUCACGGAGUGGAUUAUUGGUCGAUGGGGAUUCUGACUUUUGAAGUUAUUACUGGAAUUUUGCCAUUUUUAGAUGCAAACACUCCAUUUCAACGAUUCGAUAAAAUCAAAAUGAAAGGUCCGGAUGACAUAUUCAUAUACCACAACUAUUCAGGAAACGUAACAAAUUCUACUGAAAUGAAAAAAGAAAAUCUAAUUUCCUCGUGUUUGAAAAACUACAUAGAAAUUUGGCUAAGGCGCGUGUUGAAUUACGAUCCACAAAUGAGGUUACAGAAUUUCCCUGAAGAGACCAAAACGCUGGAUUACUUAACGAAAGCGUUACAAAAACAGAUUGUCAACGUUUUCUCUUUAUUCAAAUUAGAGAAGUACUCGUACGAAAUAACAGAGGGUACCCGAAUAGGCACCCUAAAAGAUUGGAUAUCAAGAGACAUUAAAGUUAACAAGACUGAUCUAAUCCUGCUUAUGACAAAAGAUAGUUUCGGGGCCUCCGAUAACGAUCUGUUACUAGAUGUAUUAAAAGGAACAGAUGUAUUUGUCACAGGCAAAUACUUUUUACCCGACAAGCUCACAUACAACUACCCGAAACUCAUCAAAGAAGUGAUGAAAUCGGCUGUAAAUUUCAAUACAAAUUUCGCCAAACCUCUGAAAUCGCAGCUUAUAUACUUUAUAACUGUGGAGAAAACUGCAGCUCUCCAUUUCCAGACCAGCUUCAACUUGUACUUGAACUAUCUUAAUCACGUUCUAGGUACAAUAAAACAUCACAAAACCUCCACGACAACGCAAAUCAAUCAAUUGGUGACGAAAAUAAGUUGCUACAAUAACAUAAAAAUAAACGCCGAGAUAGAUUUAAAAAGCGACAUCGAGUACAAAAAUUGCCUGAAAAACACUCAGAGACUCCUAAGCAGCUUUGAACGAAGCUUUAGCGACUUCUCAGCGUUCGAAAAGCAGAUCAAACAAGUCAGUAACCGUCUAAAAGUCCUCUCCAAAGUUACCGAGAAGAUCCAGAAGAUAAUUGAAAGCUACAAUUUAGAAGACGAAUACAAAACAGCUUUAAAACUUUUAGAACAAAGCAACACCAGAACGCAACAAUUUUACAUUAACGUAGCGAAAUUGAUAUCUUCCACCAUUCGACGUAAGGAGAGUGUAUUCAGAAACAAAGAGUUAUCGGCGUUCUUCAAAGUGAUCGGAAACGUAUUGACUCACUGCUUCGAUUUGAUUGAGUGGAUUCGAGAGUACAACAAGCAUAACGAGGAGCUGCUGCUCGCUUUCGAGGAAAAUAAACGGUUGCAUUUGAACCUGAUGUUUAAAGCCGCACAGAAAGAGACCAAAGCGAAGGGGACUAGGAGAAGCUCGAUGACCAAGAGUCUGGCAUUGGAACUGAUCGAUCUACCGGUGACUUAUUUGAUUCAACAGAACCAGGACUUGCGUUCCAGCCUGCAAGAGGUUUUGUCGUCUAUUGAUUGUUAUAGUGAUCAAGAUUUGCUCAAACCUGUUAACGAUUUUUAAUGAUACCUGUUGGAUUAGUAUCAAGCAGAUCAUUAUGCCCUUUAAGUAUGUUGUAAAUACUUUAUUGGGUUAUUUACAUUUUUAAUG